UAUUCAUAGAAGAAACAUCGCCAGUUUGACAUUUCUUUCUUUUUUGUUUUGCAACACGUGCAAAACGUAAAUAUUUCCCUCAGUCUCUGGAAUUUUCGUGAAAAACUCCUCUAGAACUUUUCCAAAAUGAGUCUGUACAACUUCAAGAAAAUCAUGGUGGUUCCGCCAGCAAAGGACUUUAUUGACAUAAUGCUGUCCAAGACACAGCGAAAGACCCCAACUGUGGUCCAUAAGGGUUACAAAAUAUCCCGGAUACGAAGCUUCUACAUGCGGAAAGUUAAAUAUACGCAGCAGAAUAUGCACGACAGACUUUCCCAGAUUAUCCAGGAUUUUCCAAAGCUUGAGGAUGUUCAUCCCUUCUAUGCUGACUUGAUGAAUGUUCUGUACGAUAAGGAUCACUACAAGCUUGCUUUGGGGCAGCUUAACAUGGCUCGGCAUCUCAUUGAUAAUGUUGCAAAGGACUAUGUGAGGCUACUCAAGUACGGAGAUAGUCUGUACAGAUGCAAACAACUGAAGAAAGCUGCUCUGGGACGUAUGGCUACGAUCCUGAAGCGUCAGGCUUCCAAUCUGGCCUAUCUGGAGGAAGUUCGGCAGCAUCUCUCCCGUUUGCCAUCAAUUGAUCCCUACAAUAGGACUCUACUCCUCUGUGGCUUCCCGAAUGUGGGGAAAUCCAGUUUCAUCAAUAAAAUCACCAGAGCUGAUGUGGAAGUUCAGCCUUAUGCCUUCACAACUAAGAGCCUCUACGUGGGGCAUACGGAUUACAAAUAUCUCCGCUGGCAGGUGCUUGACACACCGGGGAUUCUCGAUCAUUCACUUGAGGAGCGGAAUGUGAUUGAAAUGCAAGCUAUCACAGCUCUAGCUCAUCUCCGGGCAUGUGUUCUCUAUGUGAUGGACAUUUCUGAGGAUUGUGGACAUACUCUGGCUGAGCAAUUGAAACUCUUUGAGAGCAUCAAACCACUCUUCACGAAUAAACCUCUGAUUGUUGUGCUGAACAAAGUGGACAUUGUGAAGCCAGAAGAGCUCAAUGAGGAACGCCAGGGUGUCCUCAGGAAGCUCCAAGAGAUCGCUCCGGAAGUCCCAGUACUGCAAAUGUCUACAUUGAACGAAGAAGGCGUCAUGGAGGUGAAGAAUGAAGCCUGUGAACGGCUCCUAUCCUAUCGCGUUGAGAAUAAGGUUCGCUCCAAGAAGGUUGACAGCAUCCUGAAUCGCCUUCAUGUGGCCAUACCCAAGGAGCGUGAUUCAAAGGAACGUCCACCCUUCAUCCCCGAAGCUGUUCAAGUGAAGAAAGCCAUUGUGGCGGAGAAGCGCAAGAGGAAGUUGGAGAAAGAUCUCGAGGAAGAGCUCAUGGAGGACUACACACUGGACCUCAAGAAGAAUUACUCCGAAAUUCCCGAGGAGGAACGUUACGACCCAAUUCCGGAGUUCUGGGAUGGCCACAAUAUCGCCGACUACAUCGAUGCAGAUAUCUUCGAGAAGUUAGAAGAGUUGGAGCGUGAAGAAGGACUUAGGAUGGAAGCAGGCUUCUACGAGCCACCACAGCUCAAUUUGGAUGCAACAAUGCGCGAGAUUCGUGAGCUGGCGAAACAGAUUCGCUACAAGAAGUUCCUGCUCAAGGAUGCUCGUCGUUUGGAUAAUAAGAAGAAACGCCCAACAAUUCCACGCAACAAGCAACCCAAGAUUCGCGAGAGGAGUGUAGCUGGACUCAAGACUACAAUGGAAAAUCUGGGUGUAGACAUGUCAGGCACAGAAGAUGCCAAUUUCACCAAGAAAGUUGUGAGUCUGAGACGCCGUUCAGCUGUGGCCACUGCCGAUGGCACCAAGAAGGGGAAGCAGGACAAGGAGUCCUCAGCCAUCUGCCGUGCUACGGGGAAACCACUCAAACGUGCCCCACCACGCAAUGAACUCGGUGUGCGUGAUAGGAUGAUGAAGAAGAAGACGGAGAUUAUGGCCAAGAAGGCCAUUGCGCUGAAGGUGAAGAAGAUGGGACUCAAGGGUGAAGCAGAUCGUUUCAUUGGUGACAAGAAGCCGAAGCAUCUCUUCUCCGGGAAGCGUGGUGUUGGUGGCACAGAUCGGCGCUAAGUUGUUGGCUAUGCUGGCCAUGAUAUGGAGCCCCUAUGAUUAUAUGAUAUGAAAUGUAACGCAAUUAAAUCAGCUGAAAAAAAGUGAAACUUUUUCUAUCGCCGGUUCCUCCGGAGCUCGCAGACUUUACCAGGUGGUGUAGAGUAAUGUAAGGGAUGGUUUCGAAUUUUUUCGAAACUCUGCAGGAACAAAAUGGUCAAAAUGUGAGAAUUUCAAAUAAUUGUUUUGAGCACAAAAAUUUUGAUUUGGAAAUUGAAAAUACUGAAUUCUUAUCAGUAUUUAGCCAUUUAACCCUUUAACGUCCAACGUGAAACAUAAAAACAUUGAAACAUGCGCUCUUUUAUCGCGAUUGUUUAUCCUAUGCAUUUUUUUAGAGGACUUUUCUCACUCAGAACGUCUUCUUUGACCCCUUAUGCGUGAAUUUGAUGUAUUUGUAACAUGAAAAAACAAUUACAUUAAUAAAUAAUUGAAAAAAUAAAA